CUCAAUUUUCCAGCCACAGCCAAAACGAUAUGGUCGCAUUUUCCGCCCUCGGCACGUUCCUCCUCGCUGCCAACCUCACGUCCUUUGACCCCACGACCGUUCGUCCCAGUGACGACGACAGCAUCAUGAACUCGAGCAAGAUCAUCUUUGCCGUCCGUGCCGACUUGGCGGGUGGACGGUUUGCGUCUGCCAAGCCCGUGUCCAACGUCACGUUUCCCGUCGCCGACAUCGCGUCAACCGUGUACAUCUCGCAGGACAGCUACGCGCGCGCCAUCGACGCUGUCAAGCCGGCCAACGCCACGCGCAACUUUGUCAGCUGGCUCAUCUAUGCUGGUAGCGGCACGCCUCGUGUGUGCGCCCAGAGCAUUUAUGGCACAACCAUCCUCAACACUUCGACCGAGUACCAGUUCGCAGACAAGACAUCAAUGACCGAGUCUCUAUUGGCCAAAGUCGCCAUGCCAACAUCGACGUCGACGGACCGCUUUGGGUCUCGCUCGCUGAGCCAAAUUGUCUUUCGCGUCGAGUCGGGCUGCAUGGAGUUUGCGACGUUCGCGUGCAACUUGGACGAUGCGUCGGGCGCCGUCUCGUUCCGCAUCGGUGUUACGCGCGCCGAGUACGUGAGUCUGCACCCGUCGUCAGGGAUGAAGUUGUGCGGCGGUCAAUACUCCGUUCGCCCGAUUCGUAUCGACCCCAACUACAACAUUGCGUUUACCGUACCGGCAGGCAACUGGGCGACGCAGACGGUCGCAGACGACGCCAAGAGCUUCUUUCGCUACUCUGCGCCAGCGGUGACGACGCCGCCCGCGACAACGACCGCAACGACGACGACGACGGUGCCACCGACAACGACGACGAGUGGUAGUACGACGACAGCACCCCCCGCUGCGACAUCCGCCUCCUUUCUUUUGCCGUUCACCUCGAGCGUCGUUGCGGGCCUUGGUGCAGUCUUCCUCGUCCUCUAA